AUGACCAACUGCUGCUGUUCCCCUUGCUGCCAGCCUACGUGCUGCAGAACCACCUGCUACAGAACCAUCUGCUGCCAGCCCUGCUGCGAUGGGUCCAGCUGCUGCCAGCCCUGCUGCAGUGGGUGUGACUGCUGUCAGCCCUGCUGCUCUGGGUCCAGCUGCUGCCAGCCCUACUGCAGAACCAUCUGCUAUAGGACCGUCUGCUGCCAGCCCUGCUGCUGCGGAUCCAGCUGCUGCCAGCCUUGCUGCUCUGGGUGCGACUGCUGCCAACCCUGCUGCAGAACCACCUGCUGCAGGACCGUCUGCUGCCAGCCCUGCUGCUGCGGAUCCAGCUGCUGCCAGCCUUGUUGCCAGCCUAUGUGCUGUCAAACCACCUGCUGCAGGACCAUCUGCUGCCAGCCCACUUGCUGUGGCUCCUGCUGUGGUGGACAAGGCGGAAGUAGCUGUGGAUGUGGCUGCGGUGGCGGUUGCUGUGGAGGCUGCUGA